CCUCCCCGCGUGUUCCCUCCCCCGAGUUCGAGCAGCUUAGUGCUCGCCGCUGCCUGUUGCUCAGUGCGGUGACAGCGCUGCUAAACAUGGCGUCGGAAGGAAUGAUAUUAACAAACCACGACCACCAAAUCCGAGUAGGAGUCCUUACAGUAAGCGACAGCUGUUUCCGGAAUUUAGCAGAGGACCGAAGUGGGUUAAACCUCAAGGACCUUGUACACGAUCCAUCUCUGCUUGGAGGAACCAUAGCUGCCUACAAAAUUGUUCCAGAUGAAAUAGAUGAAAUUAAGGAAACAUUGGUGGACUGGUGCGAUGAGAAGGAGUUAAAUCUCAUCCUGACCACAGGAGGAACAGGUUUCGCACCACGGGAUGUCACACCAGAGGCCACAAAGGAAGUAAUUGAAAGAGAGGCUCCUGGGAUGGCUCUAGCAAUGCUGAUGGGAUCUCUCAACGUCACUCCUCUGGGCAUGCUAUCCCGGCCCGUUUGCGGGAUUCGAGGGAAGACACUCAUUAUAAAUCUGCCUGGUAGCAGGAAAGGUUCACAGGAGUGCUUCCAGUUUAUUCUGCCUGCCCUACCUCACGCCAUUGACCUCUUACGGGAUGCAAUUGUCAAGGUCAAAGAAGUCCACGAUGAGCUGGAAGACCUGCCAUCACCUCCACCCCCGCUGUCUCCCCCUCCUGCCACCAGCCCACACAAGCAGACGGAAGACAAGGGGGUCCAGUGUGAAGAAGAGGAGGAGGAGAAAAAAGACAGCGGCGUGGCCUCCACUGAAGAUAGCUCCUCAUCACACAUCACCGCAGCAGCCAUUGCAGCCAAGAUUCCAGACUCCAUCAUUUCCCGUGGCGUCCAGGUGCUUCCCAGGGAUACCGCCUCUCUUAGCACCACACCAUCAGAAUCACCGAGAGCCCAGGCCACAUCUCGUCUCUCCACUGCUUCAUGCCCCACACCAAAACAAAUUAGACGGCCGGACGAAAUCAAAGGAGUUGCUAGUAGAGUCGGAUCCCUCAAACUCCAUCGAAAACUGGAGGAGCUCAGAGAUCACCUAGAAGGCAAUGUGAAGGGAUGCUCUCUCAGAGUAAAUGCUCGGCUCCCUUCCUGUUCAUCCACCUAUAGCGUUUCAGAGCUUCACUAUAGGUUGGAAGGGCUAAAAGAUGAACUCAGGACGCAUAGAAGCUACGAGUCACGAGUGCAGUCCAGGUGCAGCAGCAAAGAGAACAUCUUACGAGCUAGUCAUAGUGCAGUUGACAUUACCAAGGUGGCGCGAAGGCACCGUAUGUCUCCAUUCCCUUUGACUUCCAUGGACAAGGCCUUCAUCACAGUCCUGGAAAUGACGCCUGUCCUGAGUACUGAGAUCAUCAACUACCGAGAUGGCAUGGGUCGUGUCCUGGCACAAGAAGUUUACGCAAAGGACAACCUGCCUCCAUUCCCCGCCUCGGUGAAGGAUGGUUAUGCUGUUCGAGCCGCUGAUGGUCCAGGAGAUCGCUUCAUAAUUGGAGAGUCUCAGGCUGGUGAACAGCCAACUCACACAGUGAUGCCUGGUCAAGUUAUGCGAGUGACGACAGGAGCUCCCAUCCCAUGCGGUGCUGAUGCAGUUGUCCAGGUUGAAGACACAGAGCUUAUCAGAGAAUCAGAAGACGGCACGGAAGAACUUGAAGUGCGAAUUUUAGUGCAAGCUCGGCCAGGACAGGAUAUUAGACCCAUCGGCCAUGAUAUCAAAAGAGGGGAGUGUGUGCUGGCAAAGGGGACUCACAUGGGCCCAUCAGAGAUCGGUCUGCUAGCCACCGUAGGGGUAACGGAAGUGGAAGUCCAAAAAUUCCCAGUGGUGGCAGUAAUGUCAACAGGCAAUGAGCUGCUUAAUCCCGAAGACGAUCUUCAUCCUGGGAAGAUCAGAGACAGCAAUAGGUCAACACUUCUCGCCACCAUUCAGGAACAUGGCUAUCCAACUAUCAACCUGGGAAUUGUCGGGGACAACCCUGAUGAUUUACUCAAUGCCCUGAAUGAGGGUAUAAGCCGUGCAGAUGUAAUCAUCACAUCCGGAGGCGUGUCAAUGGGGGAAAAGGACUAUCUGAAGCAGGUGCUGGACAUCGACCUUCAUGCACAGAUCCACUUUGGUCGCGUUUUUAUGAAACCAGGUCUACCAACAACAUUUGCCACAUUAGAUAUCGAUGGUGCUAGAAAAUUAAUCUUUGCCCUGCCAGGAAAUCCUGUUUCUGCUGUCGUCACUUGUAAUCUUUUUGUCAUCCCCGCCCUGAGAAAAAUGCAGGGGAUCUUGGACCCCCGGCCCACCAUUAUCAAAGCCAGGUUGUCCUGCGAUGUGAAGUUGGAUCCUCGCCCAGAAUACCACCGCUGCAUAUUGACCUGGCAUCACCAAGAGCCUCUGCCUUGGGCACAAAGCACAGGGAACCAGAUGAGCAGCCGUCUGAUGAGCAUGCGUAGUGCCAAUGGACUGUUGAUGCUACCUCCAAAGACUGAGCAAUAUGUGGAGCUCCACAAGGGCGAGGUAGUCGACGUGAUGGUGAUCGGCCGGCUAUGAUGUCGUCCACCGGCGGGCAGCGGCUAUGGUGCAUGUCCACAUAUCAUUGACUGUAAUAUGCAACGGCACAGCUAGAUUUUAUUGAUUGGGAUAAUAACUUUGAUCAGUUUAGUCGACAUCUUGAACACAAAACAAAACUAUAUAUAUAUGAAAAAAAAAACAAAUUCAAAGAGAAUAUAAUAAUAAGUUUUAAGAAAAUAAAAAGAGAUUUAUUCUGUAAUAUAUUAAAGAUCCUUUUUUUCUCUUUCAUUGCAAUAGCUUUGUGUGUUCAAUGCUAGGUCUGAUAGCAGUAGCUUUUAAUAGACAGCUGGAGGUUUGCCUGCAGAACUUGUGUUUUUUUUCCUCAUCUUUAAUAAAAGCGCAGAUACUCGAUGCUCCCAGCAAGGCGGUCUGCUUCCUUUCCACUAGCGUAGGUGACACGGCUUUCUUCCCUUCUGAGUACGCUUCAUUAACGCUUCACAGAGAGCUUUGCUUGUUCUUUAUCCUGUAACUUGUGUUUAAAUGUGUUCGGUGCCAAACAGAACCCGGCUGUGUGCGACCCCGGUGGCCUCCUCUCCGCUGCCAUGUUUUGGGAGGUAUCCCAGCAGCCACCUGGCUCUGCACUCAGCAACCCCAUUGAAUGGAAACAGAGGAAGAACUUUUAUUUCUUUUCAAAGAACAUGCUUCCUUAAGUGCUGACAGCCUUUUUAACCAACUAAUCAAAAAAUGUACAGAAAUAAAAUUAUGAUUGACCUUGUACAGAUAAAUAAGUGGACCAGCAUUCAUGUGGAAAUUAACAAGCAAUGAGAGAUAUUGAACAACUCUGUACUAUAACAUUUUCUGUAAUGAUAAUGAACCAGAAUAUGAAAAAAUUAAUAAAUCCUUGAUCAUU